AUGAAGCGGGAAUAUCUCCCGCUCGGCUCGCUUCCGGCCUGGCUCAGGCUUAACGGAAUCGAUACCAACGGCGUUGCUUUCCAGCGACUCGGUUCUAGUGAGAGUGGGGCAGACAAGGGCAAUGCGCUUGUGGCCACAGAAAACAAGUCCAGCAGUGAUAGUGAUGCCUCACCAGAAGUUCUCCUUCGGGUCCCUGCGGACCUGGUACUGUCAUUGGAGACCGUGCAUGACUACUCCAAGUCCGAUCAAGAUCUUCGGGAGGUAUUAGAAGCUGUCGGUGACUUCGGGAGGACCGCGAGGGGCGCGAUCAUGAUAUUCCUUCUGGUCCAAUUGACACAUUCGAGCCCGGAAAUGCCAAAAUCCAUAGGCGUGUCAAAUCCUUGGACAGAGUAUAUCAAGUUCUUCCCACCAUCUUUCCCUCUGCCGACAUUUUACUCUGCUGAGGAGCAAGAGCUGCUGAGGGGAACCUCGCUCGGAGAAGCAGUGGCGGCAAAGGAAAGCUCCCUUGAACGGGAAUUUGAGCACCUCAGGCACUCUACGGAGCAUAUAGCCUGGUGUCAGCUGUGCUGGUGGGAUGAAAAUAACGGCAAGCUGACCUUCGAUGAUUUGACGUACGUUGAUGCUGCGUACCGGUCGCGCAUGGUGGAUUUGCCCGGUAGUGGACAUGCCAUGGUGCCAGGUAUCGACAUGGCCAACCACGUCUCUGGGAACGGAGUGAAGGCAUUAUACGACGCAGACUCGGAUGGGAAUGCGAUUCUGCAGCUGCGCUGGGGCAAGAGCCUACAGUCUGGAGAGGAGGUGACUAUCUCAUACGGCGAUGAAAAACCCGCAUCAGAAAUGAUCUUCUCGUAUGGAUUCCUCGAGAGCGACAGAACCCAGGCGAAGCAGGUGUUCUUAGAUAUGACGAUGCCGGAUGAUGAUCCGCUUGCUAUUGCAAAGAACAUGAUCUGCCGGGAAACCCCUGGAAUUCGAGUUUCUAUGGUUCAGGACACCUCUCAAAAAUCACAGCAGACGACAUGGGAUAGCCCACUUGUCUGGUGGGCAUGUGUGAACGAGGAAGAUGGUCUUCAAAUCGGGGUCACACAGACCACGGAGGGAACGAGAGAGCUAGAGACUUUUUGGAAGGGCGAACACAUACAGUCGCCAACACAGCUUCGAGAUCUCCUCGCGGCCGAUCAGGCAUGGGAAAUCUUCCAGCUUCGCGCAGUCAUUCUAGUAUCUAAACGGCUAGAGACGCAGCUCUCGCUUCUUCAGGAGACACAUGAGGUCCUGAACAACCUUCGCGAGAACGAGACGCUCUUCAAUAAGCUGUUCAGGCCUGAGAUAUUUGCCUUGGUAUCUCGACUGCGGAAGCUUGAAGCGGAGCUGCUGGAUAGGGCGGUUAAUGACCUCAUGAAGCAGAGAAACGAAUUGAUCGCAUCCGAAACCGUUACUGCGUAUCUGGCCCAGCAGUCUCAAUCAGAAGAAGUCGAAGAUUUCUCAUGA